AGGUGGCACCACCGAAAUAAAUAAUAAGAAGUUGGAGGAACCAACUUAAACACCUAAAUUGGGUUAUGCAACUCAUUUUGGGCGAUCGAGUCUGUUAUUAUAGACUUAUAGUCCAAGUUCUUUGAUAGGGGUUGAUCCAGUUUGGUUGAUCCAGUUUACUUAAGCAAGAUCCGCUUGGAUCUGACUCCAGCAAACUGAGCAAACAUUCCACUUGAGGAAGUUCUUGCCAAUACUGCGAAAGAGAGAGCAUUAGUGGAAAUCUCGAGAAAACAUAGCAGCGAAAUGAGACCAAACGUUGUCUCUGAGGCGGGGUUGCAAACAAGGUUGAGCAGUUGGUGGGAAGGCAUUCCAUUCUUGACGUCUACUGUUGUUAUUAGUUGUGGGGCUAUUUACAUGGUUUGCCUUUUGAUUGGGUAUGAUUCAUUUGCUGGAGUAUGCUUCUCGCCAUCAAAAGUAAUUUCACAUUUUGAAGUUUACAGGAUCUUUACAUCUGUUGUUUUCCAUGGUUCUCUGUUGCAUGUUCUAUUCAAUAUGUUAGCUUUCGUUCCAUUGGGAUCUGAGUUAGAGAACAUUAUGGGAUCAAUCCGCCUUGUCUACAUAGUAGUUUUAUUGGCUGCAAGCAAUGCUGUGAUCCAUCUUCUUAUUGCACUAGCUAUAGCUCAUAAUCCAUUUCACUCCUAUCCAGAUCUAAUGAGUGAGUGUGCUAUAGGUUUCUCGGGGGUUCUGUUUUCUAUGAUUGUGAUAGAGACAAGUCUAAGUGGAAUUCAGAGUAGAAGUGUAUUUGGACUCUUUAAUGUUCCGGCUAAAUGGUAUGCAUUCAUCUUGCUAGUUGUUUUUCAGCUUCUUAUGCCAAAUGUGUCAUUACUUGGGCACCUAUCUGGUAUUUUGUCAGGAUUUGCAUAUACUAAUGGUUUCUUCAACAUUCUAAUACCUGAUACAUCCUGCUUUUCAGCAAUUGAAUCUUCCUCAUGGCUUUCAGCUUGCAUGAGGAGACCAAAGUUUAUUAUGUGCACCGGUAAUGUUUCUGCUCACCUUCCAUUAUAUUCAAGUCAAAAUGCAACCUCAAGUGGAUUGCACUUUGGAAAUAUGUGGAGGAACUUCUCAUCAUUGAUGCCACAGAGAGGAAAUUCUCUUUCGGCUCCGUCCAUACAGGAUGACAAUCGAUUCCCGGGAGCUGGAAGGACCCUGGGUUCUGGUCUAAAUCGAGCUGUUUCUACUGCAAGUCCUGAUUCAAAUUUAAUGGUUAGUCUGCUAGAGAAUAGCAGCAGCCAAGAGCAUAUGUCUUCCCCAAUACUUGAUGGACAACAGAGACCUCCACCUGUAAGAUCAGAAGCAGAUAAUACAGCUACAGCUGCAAGAGUGCAAAUUCAUCAGGGCCGUGCUCCAUCAAGGGAAGACAUUCAAAAGCUUGUUACGAUGGGUUUUGAUAAGACACAAGUUGAAAUUGCAAUAGCAGCUGCAGAUGGAGAUUUGAAUGUCGCCGUGGAGAUACUUAUGACUCAAAAGGAAUAGUUUGAUGACAAAUAUGACUGAAUCAACUACAUCAACUGAGUUCUUCUAAUGCCUACAAUAGUACCCAAGUGUACCCCUGUUCCCGCCCUGCAUUGUCUAUAUAUGCUUUCUUAUAUUUGUCUUUUGUCGAGUAUACUGAAUUGAGACAUGCCAACUUAGGUUGGAGUAGUCAUUCCCCAAACAUCUCAUCAGCAACCUGGUAAUUGGCCUAUAGUUGGCUCAACAUCUCAAAGGGUUUUAACCCUUUUACAUGAUGGGGGGGGGGGGGGGGGNCCCCCUCUUUCUGAUGACCCCUCGACCACAGUCGUCGGUGACAGCUGCCCCAAUCUGCAGCUCAAAAAAAAGUGACCAAUCGCACGGUAUAACGGGAACUUGGUAUAUAUUGGCUUUGUUUGGGAACAAUGUUUGCGUUUUUGGGUAACUUAUUAAUGG